AUGCCAGUGACUGCUAGAAAAAUGAAUGAAAAGAGGCAUAAGGAGGAAGAAGAAGCGUAUGGUACAAUUGAGGAUCGAGUCUACUACGGCGCCAUGAUGUAUCCGGUCUUUUGCACCGCUAGGAUACCCUCACAGGUACUAGACGAGUUUAUCGACGAAUCAUAUGCGGGAAUAGUCGAUAUUACCGGAGAGGAUAAUGGUGGUGGAUCCCCAUGUAUUCUUCAAACAACCGAUCUGGAAACAAUCACCCACGGCUCCCGUAAGCCAAUGCCGGAUUUCGAGUCUCCAUUUCUCAACUGGACAGAUGAGCAGAUUCGAGACUGGGCAACAAAGGAGUCAAAGAUUGAGCGUGGAUAUAUUGCUUCAAGUACAUUUACUAUUCUUGAUGAAAAUACUAUAGAUGCGAAAAGUUCCUUUGGAAAUGGCUGA